AUGAUGGCUGACUAUCCCACUGAAGAUAAUCUCGUCAGGGCGAGGGACCUUUACAUGAAUAAUGUGGAAGCUGCCACUGCCUAUAGUUACAAACAAGCUAUGACUGACGCUGGAAUUCCAGAAGCAGUUGCCUCGCAACCUUUUUAUCAACACAAUGUGAAAACAAAAGUCCUCAAUGAAACGUCUGGGAAUCCGCAGAUUGAUAUGAGAAUGGAGAGCAAAAGGAAGAGAUUCCAAACAUUGUAUCGUCUACUCUAUGAAGGCAUUCUAUUGAGGAAGCGAUCAAACUAUCCCGACACUGCUGGUACAAUGAGAAAAGCUGGAUACGCAGAGACAGAAAUCUAUAAGUUCACGACACCUAAGAAGGCGAUAAGCAAGCAUUAUGCUUACUGCGCCCGAGCCGCAAAGAGAAUCAGAGACAAUGUGGAUGUAAACCUUACCAUAAAAGCUAACACACAACAUGCACAUGUACCGGAAAACAUUGUUGAAGAAGUAGACGAUGAAGAGAUGUCUCCUGUUUCGGCUGCUUCGUCGGAAGAUCCACAUUUCCCUUUCUCUCCUGACAGAAACAACGACUACCAUGAGCUAGUACCUCUACCAGAGGCCACAAAGCUUGCCAGCAAAAGAGAUGACGCGUCAGUGCGGUCAACUGCUUCGACCAUAUCUUCAAUUACUACGCAAUCGGCGCCAAAGAGGAAGACACCUGCUCAGAAACAACACGAAAGAAAAUCCGAAGCACAACUGAAAAUGAUGCGAUCGUGUGCUUACAAAGUUGGAACGUAUCUCUACAGUUUGAAAGACCAGAAUCCCUGUGUUGAGUUUCAGGACGAGAGUCAUUGUGCUGACCAAGUAAAUAGACUGUUUGGCAUUGAAGUGAUUUCAGGGCGUGAUCUGCGAGAAGCUGUCAAGCAAAAGAGGGUGGGGCAAUCGCCACCACGCGUCGGAAGACCCAGUCUAAUACCAGACGAGGAUUUUAUAGCUUUAUGUGAUGCUUUCUGGAGUAUGAACGCUAUCGAUCAAAAUAAUGUUGACGGAAACCGAUUGAACAGACCAAAAGAGAUUACUCUUCUGGAUGACGUAGUCAACGAGAAGAGAAAGAAGGAUGGCGACAUUGCUAUUGGAGCAGAGAAACUGAAGCUACGAAUCGAUGCACACAAUGCGCCAAGACAAGAUAUCGAGGUACUCGAUCCACGGCGACAGCUUCGGGUCGAGUGGCUCACAACAAAAAAUCAAAUGGAUCAUUACAAGAAUUCAGAGAAGAUGUUUUUGGAAAGAGGAUAUGCUCGCUCACCAAAGAACGACCAAGAGAGAGCAGAGGGCUACAUCGUGUUUCACCCCGGACAAGAGAAGCGCAACAUAAACAUGGAUGAAAUGAAAUUCACGUUGGAUGCAUCCGUGGAGUCCCUAGGAGGUCGCCCUGCACACAGUCACACUACCAGCUGCAUCUCAGAGGGCGGGAAGGCUGACAAGACACCUGAUACCGCUUGCACGGUUGUCAUGGCAGUUAAUGACGAUGAGCCGCUGCCACCGAUGGUGAUUUUCAAAUCCACAGCAAAAGAUGGAUGCGGAUACAUUAAUGCCAGGAACUUGCGUUCAUUUCCUCAAAUCAAAGGGAAGUGGGGAUACGAGAAACCACGGAUUGUCGAUUGCUUGGUCUCAACUGGUGCCAAUGCAAGUAUGAAUACGGAUAUUCUACAGAACUGGAUGCGAGAGAGCAUCCUCACGUUAUAUCCAGACUGCCAAGACAUCCCUGGAAGGCGUGUCUGCCUAAAAGUUGACUCUGGGCCAGGGCGGACGGCUGCAAAGUUUGUUGGUGAAACAAGAGUUGAAGGGGUCGAUAUUUUCCCAGGCUUGCCCAAUGGAAGCGAGUGUAACCAAGAAAUGGAUCAGCUAUUUAGUCCAUACAAGAACUCCGUUUACAGAAAUCGGGAUAAGCUAGCCAACGCCAAAGGGAACAAAGGAAAUCUGACGCUCGUUGAUGUUGGCUAUUGCCUUUUCGGAGGUCAGGUCACAUUGGAAGACGGCAAUGUGCUCGAACUUGAGGAGUCUUUUGUCUUGCACUUUACCCCCGAGAAAAUUCGAGCUGCGAGAGAAAAAUGCGGCUAUUGCCCGGCUACUCGAAGAGCUUUGGAAGACCCCAAAGUGAGGCAUGAGAUUGUCGAAGUCGAGGAAGAUAACACGUUGGACGAGCUCAACGAAGUCGACGAUGGUGAAGAUGCUUCGGAAGAACCGAGCAUGAUGGACGAGCUCAACGAAGUUGACGAUGAUGAAGAUGUUUCGGAGAGACCCAAAACGACAGAAGCGAUCAACGAUGGUGAAGCCCAGGAACUCACAUCAAUGACGAAGGUAUUGCUCAAAGUCGAGAAGACGAAUCACAGAGCUGUGGAUGACUUGAUAUUGUUGGGCUACACACAUGCCAACAAGCUUCGGCGUGCUGUAAGGAGAUUCACAAGAAGAACUUUUGGAAAGGGAAUCGAAACUGCCCCAGGUUCAAGAGAAAGACAAGAACUCUUUGCUCGACUGCAACAUGCAGGUGAUUAUUUUCGCAUCACUAAAGGUGGUGGUGUCUACAAUAUUGCUGAUGUGCUCAUUGGGCUCGAAAUAAAAGGGAUGAAGCAGCAAGUCGAAAUUGAAUCGAAAAGAAAGAAAAAACUUCAAAGCUUCUAUAGCAUUCGGCAACGAGCGACAAAGCUAGUUCAUAGCAAGCAUUACACGAAGUGGACGAAGGCAGAUUUCGCCACCGUCAUCAGCUACAAGCGAGGGCCCUUUCACAAGUGCGAGAAGGAGGAACCAACUAUCUCCGUACUAAAACGGCUUGAAUUAUCUGAGCUGAGAAAGCAUUACGAAGAAAACUACAAGGGAAAGUCGAGUGCAUGGCGUCGGCAAGAUAUUUGGUCGGUCAAAGACGAAGAAGAGCUGAAGCGACUCAAAAGUGGCGAAGUUUCGCACUACACUGAGACUCGAAUAUACGGCGAUGCCCUUGAGACUCAAAACGCAUGGUUACAAAAAAAGUUUGAAUCCAUAUCUAAAGAUCGGCAAAUUCAGGUGCUGUCAGAUAUUUUAAAGAAUCUUGAUGAAGGAGUUAUCGAUUCGGUGGUGAACAGCCUUCCUUAUGACAAGAGCACUUUGCUUCAUGAUUGUCUUAAUAGGGCUCCAAGCAGUGACGACGACGAAGAUCUUAACAAUUCCUCUUCUAUUCACUUUUGCGAGACGGAUCUUGAGUUUGCAUCUCAGUGGAACGAUGAUGAUACCCUUGUUGAGAAUGAGAUGACGGAGGCGGAGAUGGAAUGCGCAGCGAUUCUUGAAGAAGAGUAUCACGAAGAUCAAAACGUCGGGGAAGAAGAAAACGCAGAUGAAGACUUUGAUUCCGACGAUUCGAUUGCCGAUGACAAUCACGACAUAAUCAAAGAUAUCGAGAUUGAUGCGACGCCAGCUGAUGGAGACGGAUCAAUGGCGGCAGCGUCCUCAGACGACUCCAGUUGUGCAUCCGCAGGUUCAUUUGAGAUGCAGGAUAAUGCAAUGUCUGAUAAUGAAGAGAAGUCCAUGGACGGGAUUGGCCGACAGCCACCAAGAGAACCAACGGUAUCGCCUUCAAAUGCAGGUGUAAGCGAGAUUCAAACAUCUCCGACUCGCAACGAGAGAGCCGUCGAAGAAUCUGUUGAGAAUGCAAGCAAUACUGACGUAGAAGCUGCGAUCGCAGACAUUGAAACAUCGAAGGACGCCCAAACAAAGAUUGCUCUUUACAAUCUAUUAAUCAAGUCAAGAGGGAAAAAAGUAGGCCGUAGAAAAAAGAAAGAAGCCCUUGAGCGUUACUGGAAGGAAUUGAAGACUGAGCCAUUGGUAUGGAGUGUCGACGAUCUCAAGUCUGAACUAGACGAGUUGGCUCACAGUUGCUAA